AUGGGUAACUGGUCUUCUCCUAAUGCAAGAUUUCAUGAGCCGGUCCGAGGCCUUGGAUUCCGUCGGUUGCUUCAAAAAGCUGGUAAAAGGGUGUAUUUGAUUGAUGAAUUUAGAACAAGUCAGUGCUGCCCAGCUUGUGAACGUAGAAGUCUUGAAACGUUUCGGAUGGUCGAUAAUCCGCGCCCUCAUAGACGAAGAGCAAAUCCUCGUGUAAUCAGACAUGGUCUCUUGAGAUGUACAAAUCAAAAUUGUAGAGCUAUGACUAAUAACACAAAUAGGAUUGUUCCUCGUCUAUGGAAUCGUGAUAUGGCUGCUUGCUUGAACAUGGUUGAUAUUGUUCGAUCACUUCGUGCUGGAAAUGGCAUUCCCCCCAAGAUUUCGACGUGGAGAGGUUCCCCAGAACCAACGGAGAAGAGCAAGAACCCAAAAUGAACAAGCAAACAUUAGAAAUGUUCGUCAACAUCGCAACUAGAAUUUUCCAGGCCUGUUAUCGCAGGUCAACCAUAGAUACACUUAAGUGGUAAGCUCAAUUUUUUUUUUUUUUUUUCGGAAGAUGAACGUAUUUUUUUUU